UUUGUCUCUUCCUGAGAAAUGAGCAAACCUGAAAGCUACUCUCUGAGCUUCAGAGGGGAAAAAUGGUUGUAGAUGUCCGGACUUGGGAGCAGACAUUUCAAGAACUAAUCCAAGAGGCAAAACCCUGGACCACAUGGACGCUGAAGUUGGAUGGAAACCUUCAGCUAGACUGCCUGGCUCAAGGGUGGAAGCAGUAUCAACAGAGAGCGUUUGGCUGGUUCCGGUGUUCCUCCUGCCAGCGAAGUUGGGCUUCCGCCCAAGUGCAGAUUCUGUGCCACAUAUACUGGGAGCACUGGACAUCCCAGGGCCAGGUGCGUGUGAGGCUCUUUGGCCAAAGGUGCCAGAAGUGCUCCUGGUCCCAAUAUGAGAUGCCUGAGUUCUCCUCGGAUAGCACCACGAGGAUUCUGAGCAACCUGGUGCAUCAUAUACUGAAGAAAUACUAUGGAAAUGGCACAAGGAAGUCUCCAGAAAUGCCAGUAAUCCUGGAAGUUUCCCUGGAAGGAUCCCAUGACACAGCCAAUUGUGAGGCAUGCACUCUGGGCAUCUGUGGACAGGGCUUAAAAAGCUACAUGACAAAGCCAUCCAAAUCCCUACUCUCCCACCUAAAGACUGGGAAUUCCUCACCUGGAAUUGGUGCUGUGUACACCCCAAACCAAGCCAAGAACCAAUCAGCUGAGGCAAAAGAGGCUAAGGGGAGUGGGUAUGCGAAAUUAGGGCUCAGUCGAGACCCAGAUCCAUUGAACAUCUGUGUCUUUAUUUUGCUGCUUGUAUUUAUUGUAGUCAAAUGCUUUACAGCAGAAUGAUGAAAAUAGGCUUGCUACCUUUUCUUGUUUUAAUUCCAUGGUAGUCCAUGAACUGGCUGCCACUUUAAUAUAACUGAGAAUUCACUUUGAGACCAAGCAGGAUCAAGUUUGUAGAAUAAACACUGGUUUCCUAGCUAUCCUCUGAAAACAGUGUAAAACAUGAGCAAGUACAUAAUGGAUUUAGUAGUAAAUAUUGUUGAAUUGCUAAAAA